AUGGCGACCAGAUGGGGAAUAAUAGGAACCAGCAAUAUAUCACACGAUUUUGCUGUGGCCAUGGAUACUUUGCCACGGGAAGAACACUUGAUCACAGCAGUGGCGUCCAAAGACAAGGUGAGGUCCCGGGAAUUCGCCGAACAGUUUGACAUUCCCAAUGCUUACGAUUCUUAUUCCCUCAUGGCAAAUGACACCGAAGUAGACGUUGUUUAUGUGGGCACCCUCAAUGAACACCAUUACUCUGUCAGCCGCUUAAUGUUGGAACACGGGAAGAAUGUUUUAUGCGAAGAACCAUUCUGUCAAAAUUCUAACCAAGUCCAACAGCUCGUUGAACUUGCGAGGUCUAAAAAUUUGUUUCUUAUGGAAGCCAUGUGGAUGUUUUUCACUCCAGCUUUCACUAUUUUAGGAGAUCAAAUCAAAAAAGGUACUAUUGGUGAACCAUUGCAAAUAAUUUCUUCAUUCGGUACACCAAUGUCCGAAUCACUAAUUCAACAGCGAAAUAGUGGUGGAUCAAUAUUAGAAUUGGCUGUAUUCUCAGUUUACAUGAGCCAAUUCCUGUUUGGCCCCGAAAAGCCACAAAUCUAUGGAACUUGUGGACAGUUGACAGAAUGUGGGUUUGAUAAGGAUGCAAGUAUAAUUUUGAAGUAUAGCAAUGGUAGAAUUUCUACAUUUUUAAGCCAUUUCAAAGUUAACCUACCCAACGAGGCAACUGUAUUUGGCACUAAAGGAAAUAUUAAAUUAUACGAUCCAUUCUGGUCAGCAACUAAAAUUUCCAUAAAUGGAACAGACAUUCAUAUUGAGGUGCCUAAAACAAAAAAAGCAACUAGAUAUGGUAAUAGUGUGCAACUAAUUCACGAGAUUCAAGAAGUUAGAGAUUGUCUUCUGAAAGGUGAAAAUGAGAGCAGUACAGUUCCAUGGUCACUAAGUAUUGAGAAUGCAAUUUUGGUUGAAGAUAUAAGGAAAAAAUUAGGAGUAACUAUUUGUGAAUAA